CACGUGAUGCCAACGGGCCGCCAGGCGCCAAAUUCAAACCGGGAAACGAAACGAACUGCCUCUGUGCCCUGAGAGCUGCGGAGCCCGGCGGUGCCGGGUCCCCGCGGGGAGGCAGCGGGGCGCGCGACCCCCUGCCCCCACCGACACCGGGGGUCUGUUCUUGCAGUCUUCAAUGGCGAGUGACUGUACAGAUCAAUCAUGAGGACCAGCCCUCGCAGGCCUCUGAUUCUCAAGAGACGAAAACUGUCCCUCCCAAAUCGCAAUUCAUCCAACACCCCAGCGAGAGAUGAACCAGAUGGGCAAAGUAAAGGAGCCCCCAAGCAUGAGCAGGUCAGAGAGGACAAAUCCAGGGACAGAGUGGAGGGUAGCACCCAGAAAUUCCCAGCAUGAAUAAAGAUCAUUAAUCACCCUACCAUGGCAAACACCCAGGUGGUAGUCAUCCCUCCCGAUGCUGACAUUCAGAGUAUCAUCGAGGCUCUGACAGCCAAAGGGAAAGAAUGUGGCAGCAAUGGGCCCAACAAGUUCAUUCUCAUCAGCAGUGGGGGCAACUCACUCCCCACAGGCUCACCAGCAACUCAGCAGAAGCUCCAAUCAAAUGAUGAGACAAGCACAGCAACAAAGGGAGCCACAGCAGCAGAUUGUCAGGAUGGAGAGAAGAACAUUGGACAAAACCCUGGGAUUAUGGAAAGGCCGGUACUGUGGCAUCCACAAGUCAAUUCCAUGGAAGGACAAGAACAGGAAGGAAACAGCAGUGGAGAGGCAACAAGCAGCGGCUUGGAUAACAGUUUGACUAACAUCCAAUGGCUAGGGAAGAUGAGCUCCGAUGGGCUGGGCCCCUGUACUGUGAAGCAAGAGAUGGAGAAAGAGAACAAGACACCUGUGCAGGAGAGGAUGAAGACUGAAGAAGACUCCAUUGCUCCCACUGCUACCGCCUCCUUGUGGCAGGACUCAGUAUCAGAACGACCCCCUUACUCCUACAUGGCCAUGAUUCAGUUUGCCAUCAACAGCACUGAGAAGAAGCGCAUGACCUUGAAGGAUAUUUAUACCUGGAUUGAGGACCAUUUUCCUUAUUUCAAAUAUGUGGCCAAGCCAGGCUGGAAGAACUCAAUUCGACACAAUCUAUCCCUUCAUGAUAUGUUUGUACGGGAGACGUCUGCCAAUGGUAAGAUCUCCUUCUGGACCAUCCAUCCUGAGGCAAACCGCUAUCUGACACUGGACCAAGUGUUCAAGAUGCCUUGCUGCCACCAGCCACAGGAUGCGGGGUCACCAACGUCGCCUGAGUACUCUGAAUCACAGCAAAAACGACACAUUGCAGAACUCCAGAAGAACACAGGGGGCAACAGCAACAACAAAACUGAGCCGCAGAAUGCACGCCGAAAGAUGAAACCUUUGCUUCCUCGUGUCAGCUCCUACCUCGUUCCAAUCCAGUUCCCUGUGAGUCAGUCUCUCAUCCUCCAGUCCUCCCUGAAGGUACCUCAGCCUAUGGCCCAGGGAGCCUCCCUCAGUGGCUCAGAGGCUAUCCGGAGCAGUAAACGUGUACGCAUUGCUCCAAAGGUGUUGCCAUCCAUUGACGAGCCAUCCUCAUUGUUGCCUGCGGAGCCUAUGAAGGAGGAGAGUCACUGUGAGGAAGGGCUGUCCCCAUUUGCUCCAACCCAAUCUGUCAAGGAGAACGCCCAGCUUGGUGGCAUACCAACCUCUAUCCCUGCAGCUCUGUGUAUAAAGGAGGAAAAGGAGGACUCCUAUCCUGAUAAAUGGCUGUCCUCAUUCCCCCCAGCCUUGUCUAUAAAAGAAGAAGUGGCACAGUCUGAUGAAGAGCCAGGCCUGUUGCUCCCAGUGCCAUGUGUGAAGCAGAAGAAACACUUCACCAUGCUGAAGUCCCCACCGCGGGGCGUAUCUGACACAGUGAUUAUAAAGAGGCGGGAAAUGGGCAGGUCCAGAAGGAAACAGCACCUAGUGCUGCCUUGCUCAGAAGAGCCAGUCCUGGUUAUGCCAGAGAGCACUGGCUCUGACUCCUUCAGGCUGACGUCUGACCUUUCCUUACUGUGGGAAACCCAAUCUCUGGAGCUCAGCUGCUCCCAGGAGGAGGGUGGCCCCUUUAAAACACCAGUCAAGGAGAUGUUCGGCAAGCUGCCAGUUUCAUCUACCCCCAGCAAAGCUGUAACUGUUACUCCACCAAUGGGGGGUGCUGACUCUUGGAGACUUGCACCUGUUGCUAAGGAAAACAGCGAGUUGGACUUCAGCCCCGUGAGAAUCCCUCAGGUACCAUUCACACCCCUCCAAGAGAACUUGGAUUUGCUGGGCUUCAACGGCACUCCCCUUAAAAAUCCUUUGUUUGACUCCCCUCAACAACUUCUCCAAACAGAGUCCAAUGACAUGGUUUCCGGGCCCCUAACAAGCUCUCCUGCUUCUACUCCUGAGUUCACCAAGCAAUCCUCCCCAGAACUGCCAGUCUCUGGCCUUCCUGAGAAUCAGUCUCUCAUGGAGGGUCUGGUCCUGGACACUAUGAACAACAGCCUGAGUAAAAUCCUACUGGAUAUCAGCUUUUCUGGCCUGGAGGAUGAUAUCCUGGGACCAGAGAUGAGUUGGUCUCAGUUUAUUCCUGAACUGAGAUAGGCUGUGUUUGGCUUGUUCCUAAGCUGUAAUGGAAACUGGGUUCUACUGAGACUUGCUCAGAUGGUUAUGCAGGGGCCCAUCAUGUGGUUUUGACUUAUUUCCAUUGGAAAUACUGGGCUGUACUGAGAUCUGCUUGGCUGGAAAACAGACAGGCCCAUUGGCUGCUAUGAGCUCAUUUAUGAGCUGCAAUAAAUAUUAGUUGGGGACAGGCCAAAACCUAUUGGUUGGUCUUGCCUCAGGUCUGUGUUAGUGGAAAAUCAGAGUCCCUUGUGAAAAGGUUACAGAGAAUGUCUCCCGAUGGAUGCUGAAUCCUGUCAUCGAAGGGGUUGGAAGAGAUGGACAUAGGCCCUUCCAAAGUACAGCUACUGGAGGGAGAAAAAUUCCUAGCCUUUCCUGGCUCUGUCCUCAACAACUCCCUCAUACAAUUCCCUUCCUCUCACUUUGCUUCAUUUUCCUUAGGUGUCUUGCCUGUAGGGUUCAUGACUGUAAAUACUGUACAUUCCUUAAAUUAGCUUUUAAUUAUAAAUGUCACUUUAUUCUUUUAGACUUUUUAUGGGAAUAAAAAUGGGUGGUAAAGGGCA